CGCGCGCGUGCCCGCGAGGGAGGCGGUAGCGGCGUUGGUGGAGGCCGGGUGAUGUGCCCGAGCCCUCGCCUCACGGUCCGGACCCGGCAGAUCCCUGGUGGGAGUUCUUGUGCAGGCUGGCGGAGCAUGGUGGCAAUAGCAGGGCUGGUGGCAGCUGGGAAGUGAGGCGGAGCCAUCGGCCCAGGAGCAGGCCCCCCCCGGACAUGGAGUAUGAAAGACGAGGUGGCCGUGGAGACAGGACUGGCCGCUAUGGUGCCACUGACCGCGGCCUCCAGGAUGAUGGGCUGGACAGCCGGAGUCAGAGAGACCACGAUUACCGGGACAUGGAUUACCGCUCCUAUCCCCGGGACUUUAGCAGCCAGGAACCCCGCCAUGAUUAUGAUGACUCGUCUGAAGAGCAGAGUGCAGAGGAUUCCUAUGAGGCCUCCUCAGGUUCUGAGACACAGCAGCGUAAGCGGGACAGCCCUACCGAGCCCCUGGGCUUCCCCGGAGAUGGGGACUACCGAGACCAGGACUAUCGAACUGAGCAAGGGGAGGAGGAGGAGGAAGAGAAGGCCAGUCACAUCAUCAUGCUACGGAUGCUGCCCCAGGCAGCUGCGGAGAACGACAUCCGAGCGCAGCUGCAGUCCCACGGGAUCCAGGCUCGGGAAGUGCGGCUAAUGCGGAACAAGUCUUCAGGCACGGAGCCAUUGUCGGUCAGUUCACGCCUUAGCCUGGACAGAUUGGGACAUGGGGAAGCUAAGUCCACAGCUAACCCUUUCGCCUUCAGUCGACCCCCCUGGCCCUCACCUCACGUGGACUUGGGUCAGAGCCGGGGCUUCGCCUUCGUCGAGUUUAGUCACUUGCAGGACGCUGCACGAUGGAUGGAAGCCAAUCAGCACUCCCUCAGCAUCCUGGGCCAGAAGGUCUCCAUGCACUACAGUGAUCCCAAACCCAAAAUUAAUGAGGAUUGGCUUUGCAAUAAGUGUGGAGUCCAGAACUUCAAACGUCGAGAGAAGUGUUUCAAGUGUGGAGUGCCCAAGUCAGAAGCAGAGCAGAAGCUGCCGCUGGGUGCACGGCUGGACCCGCAGCUGAUGCCUCUGGGUGGCCGGGAACUGAGUCAGGGUCUGCUUCCGCUACCCCAGCCCUAUCCAGCCCAGGGGCUCUUGGCCCCGCAGGCCCUGUCCCAGGGCUCUGAGCCCACUUCGGAGAACGCCAACGAUACCAUCAUCUUGCGCAACCUGAACCCCCACAGCACUCUGGACUCAAUCCUGGGAGCCCUGGCCCCCUACGCCGUGCUGUCUUCCUCCAACGUCCGGGUCAUCAAGGACAAGCAGACCCAGCUGAAUCGAGGCUUCGCCUUUAUCCAGCUCUCCACCAUCGUGGAAGCCGCUCAGUUACUGCAGAUUCUCCAAGCUCUCCACCCUCCCCUCACCAUCGAUGGCAAGACCAUCAAUGUGGAGUUUGCCAAGGGCUCCAAGAGGGACAUGGCCUCCAGCGAUGGCAACCGCAUCAAUGCUGCUUCUGUUGCCAGUACGGCCAUCGCUGCUGCCCAGUGGGCCAUCUCGCAGGCAUCCCAGGGUGGGGAGGGGAGCUGGGCAGCGCCUGAGGAGCCAGCGGCGGAUUACAACUACUACCAUCAAGACGAGGCCUACUGUGGCCCGAGCAAUGAGGCCGCGCUCUAUGGCCACAGUGGCUACCUGAAAGGCGCCACCAAGGCCUUGAGUGUGGCCGGCAGCAAGGGAGACCCAGCUGGAGCAGGCACUGAGACCACCUUGGAACCUUGUGUACCCGGUGUCGAUGCUGUGCCCCUGAUCCAGGCCUUUCCCCAUGCCCAAGCCAGUGCCAUGCCUGGCAUCUAUCAGCAGCCAGGGGCCGAGGGGGCCAAUGCCCAGGGAUUGGUGUCUAACGCCCAGGCCCAGCCCUACACAAUCGUGUCCCCUGCGGUUUUGAAGGCUGAGCUGCUCAGCCCAGCCCAGCCCAGUUCCGCGCCCCCACCCACUACCAGUCCGGCUGCCCAGGACUCCUAUGGCCAGUACCCAAUCCCUGAUGUCUCCACCUACCAGUAUGACGAGACAUCAGGCUAUUACUACGACCCGCAGACAGGACUGUACUAUGACCCAAACUCUCAGUAUUACUACAACUCCCAGAGUCAGCAGUACCUUUACUGGGAUGGGGAGCGGCGCACCUAUGUCCCUGCCCUGGAGCAGGUGACUGACGGGCACAAGGAGACGGGGGUGAGCUUGAAGGAAGGCAAAGAGAAGAAGGAGAAGCACAAGACCAAGACAGCCCAGCAGAUAGCCAAGGACAUGGAGCGCUGGGCCCGAAGCCUCAACAAACAGAAGGAGAACUUCAAAAACAGCUUCCAGCCCAUCAGCUCUCUGCGGGAAGAUGAACGGCGGGAGUCGGCUACAGCUGACGCUGGCUAUGCCAUCCUGGAGAAGAAGGGGACGCUGGCUGAGAGACAGCACACCGCCAUGGACCUGCCAAAGCUGACGAGUGAUGACCGCCUGAGUCCCCCCCGGGGGCUGGUGGCUGCCUAUAGUGGCGAGAGUGACAGCGAGGAGGAGCCCGAACGGAGCGCUGAGAGGGAGGAGAGACUUACCGACUGGCAGAAGCUGGCUUGCCUUCUCUGCCGCCGCCAGUUCCCGAGCAAAGAGGCCCUGAUCCGCCACCAGCAGCUUUCUGGGUUGCACAAGCAAAACCUGGAGAUCCACCGGCGGGCUCACUUGUCUGAGAAUGAGCUGGAGGCCCUGGAGAAGAGUGACAUGGAGAUGAAGUACAGGGACCGGGCAGCCGAGCGUCGGGAGAAGUAUGGCAUCCCGGAGCCCCCAGAGCCCAAGAAGAGGAAAUCUGGGGCUGUGACGGCUGCCACCGUGGACUUUGAACAGCCCACCCGAGAUGGGCUGGGCAGCGACAACAUUGGUAGCCGUAUGCUGCAGGCCAUGGGCUGGAAGGAGGGCAGCGGGCUGGGUCGCAAGAAGCAAGGCAUUGUCACUCCCAUCGAGGCCCAGACUCGUGUCCGUGGCUCAGGACUGGGGGCCCGGGGCAGCUCCUACGGCAUCACCGCGUCUGAGUCCUACAAGGAGAGUCUGCACAAGACCAUGCUGACUCGCUUCAACGAGGCAGAGUAAACCCUGGUCCAGGCCUCCCCCAUCCCCUCGCCUCAGCCCCCGUCUGGGACAGCCUUGACCUAAAGGCUCCAAGAGGGGGAAGAGGGCGGCCCUGCUUAGCCUUGCCCGGCCUGUCAGCUGGCCCUUGUCCCCGACAGCCUCUUUGUUUCUUUUCUUGGGAAGCCAUGGCCCUUGCCCACUUACCUGCCCUCUGGCCACUUCUCCUCUUCUUUUUCUAAUAAAACCAGAAAAGCCCCGGA